GACUCGAAGUUCCCGGAUGGAGUUUCAUCGCCAUAUUUAGUCGCCGGCAGGAUACGAGGAUUUUAAGCUGCUGUUGCUACACCAAGUAUCCCAAUAUAACAUAUCUAUUCCGUUUUGUACACCAUUUGCAUCCGUCUGUACAAACAGACAGCGUCUCUUACCUUCACCCUGUCCACCUCCUCGCGGUCCCCAGUAAUCAUGGCAGAUCGAGAGCACUUGGUUUAUCAGGCUAAGCUAGCAGAACAAGCCGAGAGAUACGAUGAAAUGGUGGAGUCUAUGAAGAGCGUUGCAGGAAAGGACACCGAGCUCACGGUAGAGGAGAGAAACCUGUUGUCGGUGGCGUAUAAGAACGUGAUUGGAGCUCGACGAGCCUCCUGGAGGAUCAUCAGCAGCAUUGAGCAGAAAGAGGAGAGCAAGGGAGGAGAGGGCAAACUCAAAAUGAUCCGCGAAUACAGACAAGCGGUUGAGAAUGAGCUGAAAUCUGUUUGCAAUGACAUACUGGAUGUACUGGACAAACACCUCAUUCCUGCAGCCAACACAGGGGAGUCCAAAGUUUUCUACUACAAAAUGAAAGGCGACUACGACAGGUACCUAGCAGAGUUUGCCACAGGUAAUGACAGGAAGGAAGCAGCGGAGAACAGUUUGGUGGCGUAUAAAGCUGCCAGUGACAUCGCCAUGAUUGAGCUCCCCCCCACACAUCCCAUCCGGCUCGGCCUCGCUCUCAACUUCUCCGUCUUCUACUACGAGAUCCUUAAUUCCCCCGACCGCGCCUGCAGGUUGGCGAAGGCGGCGUUUGACGAUGCGAUAGCGGAGCUGGACACGCUGAGUGAGGACAGUUACAAGGACUCGACGCUCAUCAUGCAGCUGUUACGGGACAACCUGACGCUCUGGACCUCAGACACACAGGGAGACGGUGAAGAACAAAAUAAAACCGCGCUGCAAGAUGCUGAGGAUGAAAAGCAGUGAGAUGUGACCGCCAACAUGCUAAACCCCCUUCUCUCCAUCUGUCUGUCUGUCUGUCUCUCUCUCUCUCUCUCUCUCUCUCUCUCUCUCUCUCUUUCUCUCU